AUGGGCAAUAAAAUUACGAAAAAUAUUCCACCGUUACAUACCGCUGUUCUUAAACGUAUUCAUGAGAAUACGGAUUUUUUACCAAAUGAAAUACAAUAUUUUCAUUAUGAUUUUCAUAAAUAUGCACCCAAUGGACAAUUAACACUUGUAGAUUUUGAGAAAUUUUAUAAAUUAUUAUUUCGUCGUGGAAAUAGUGAACGUUUUGCCAAAUAUGUCUUUGAUGCAUAUGAUAUAAAUAUGGAUAAUAUUGUUGAUUUUGAAGAAUUUAUUAUGGGAUUAUACAAUACGACAAAAGCGGAUUCACCAGACAAAAUACGUUGGGCAUUUGAUUUAUGUGAUAGAGAUUGUGAUAACAAUUUGGACAUAAAUGAAAUUGAAAAUGUUGUUGAAGCUCUGUAUGAAAUGUCGGAAUAUGAUAUGCCUCGACAAGAAACAUACAUGGAAGCUUUAGACAGAAUAAAACAUUUGUUUCUUGGAAAUGAAGAUAAUGAUGAUUUGGUUGAUAGUGUGUCAAAAACAGAUUUUGUAAACAUUGUUGAAAAAGAUGUCACAAUUAUGGGUUUGAUUGAGUGUAAGACAAAUAUAAAUAAGAAACGAAAAUCUCAAAUAUUAUCAAAAAAACAAUUAAAUUUUAAACAGUCGAAACAAAAAUCAUUUUCUGAUAUGGCUUUACCCAUGAAAAAGUAA